GCCUGAAGAAGCACUUUUCCGCUGCCCAAGGUUGCUGCUGUGUUCACAUGGCAUUGCAACCCGUCAUCCAUUCCUGUUGGCCAUCUCCACAGCUCUGCCUCCCCUUCCAAACUCUUCUGUCUCACGCUGCAUCUACCACCGCAAGCUUUCCGUUGCCACUGAUCAGGACUCGCAGGGGAAGAUCGCCACGGCCUUAGAGCCACCCCUUUCGAGCCCGACUGCUUAGUUAAAGAUCGCCAUCAUGGCUGGCAACUCCAGAUCCGUGUCGCCGUCUAGUUCCUCUUCGGACGUUGCGCUUUCAGAUUCGAGCAUCAAGCUGGAAGUAGAGGACGAUUCACCAGAGCCGACAAAACCAUCCACUUCUUAUCGGCCCAUCGCCUCCUUACCAUCGCGUUCAUCCCCAUCGGCACCAUCUCGAGGCGUCAUCGAUCCAGCCGCGCAGGAGUUUGUACCCUCUGCGCUUUCCUCAGGGGGUCCAUCCGCUUCUCGCGUGCGACAUGCACUGCCUUCGAAACCAGGCACAAAUGUGCCCACACCUUUCCCGUCAACUAGCGGAACACCAGGAGCUACCGCAGCCAACGGCGUGACACCUGCCUCGAUGACACAGACCGCCUCUCCGAAGCGAGUGAGGGUGGGAGCUGAUUUGGUUCCGCAGGCUCCCAAGGUGCCAAAGACGCUGGCAGAGAAAAGUGCCAGGCCGCACUUGAUCGUGGUGCUGGAACAAGCUUGCUUGGAGACGUACAAGAUGAGCAGCGGGCCAUCCAGUAGCGGCGGCGGCGGCAGUGGGGGCUAUGGCGGAGGUGGUGCCAUGGGCGGAUCUAGUAGUCGUGGUCGAAGCAAGGACCAAGGAGGAGACAAGUACGCCUUACUGAAUUGCGACGACCACCAGAGGGUGCUCGCCAAGAUGGGUAGAGAUAUUGCUGAAGCUCGGCCAGACAUUACACAUCAGUGUCUGCUUACGCUGCUGGACUCGCCUCUGAAUAAAGCGGGAUUGCUGCAAGUCUACAUACACACCGCGCGAGGUGUCCUGAUCGAGGUCAAUCCGCACGUCAGAAUUCCACGAACAUUCAAGAGAUUCAGUGGCCUAAUGGUGCAACUGCUUCAUAAAUUAUCGAUCCGCAGUGUCAAAGGAAGUGAAAAGCUUCUUAAAGUCAUUCGAAAUCCCGUGACAGAUUACUUCCCACCCAACACCCGCAAGAUAACUUUGUCGUUCGAUGCGCCGGUUCAAAGACUUUCCAACUAUCUCUCUAACGGCAUUCCCUCCGAUCAUUCGAUCGCGGUAUUCGUUGGGGCUAUGGCACACGGCAAGGACAGCUUUGCGGACAGCAUCGUCGAUGAAAAGAUUAGCAUCAGCGAGUACUCUUUGAGCGCAAGUGUUGCUUGUGGCAAGUUCUGCUGUGCCCUUGAGGACUUUUGGGGCGUCAUCUAGCCUUUCAUGAGAUAUUUUGCAAAUCACGAUGUUUACAUCGCGCGCACGCUGCUCAAGCUCUCGAUCGUGUCCUCUGACCUGAUGCGCAGACGUGCCCUCACAAAUCAUGUCCUGCGCACGGGUGCAGACUAGGUCAUCGAUACAUCCUAGUCUGUGCCAGAUGUAGAGUUGGAGCAGCCGUUGGUCGAAGCGCGGUUGGUCCUGGGCGCAGCCUGCACCCCGGUCUAGCCGCGCACAUUAGGAGCAGCGAUCAUGUACGCUUGGCUUGCAUCUGCCUCUGACCUCGAGCUGGUCUGGCUGUGGCGCACUUCACUCCAACGGGUCGCCAUCAGCUAGGCGAAAGCUGCGAUCUGUAAUUGUAGCUGAUCUAUGCUGCGAGGGCGCCAAAGCUAUAGACUGACGACUUCCAAUCUUGAAUCCAUAAAUGAAUUCAUAAUUUACCAU